AUUCACGUUGUCAUAGUAAUGAAAUACGCUUAAUAUUUGUCUCUUACCAAUGUGGUAGCCUAAUAAAAUGCAACUUUUGCAAAUUUUCACCUUAAAUAUAUAGUUAUGUAUCAUUGAAUGUGGAUUAUAUUUGACAUGUAAUAUCUUCAGGCGCUAUUAAAUGACAUUAGAUGAAUCCAGCUCAGCGGGUGUUAUCUGCAUGCUCAGUAUUAAACGCCUCCCCCAAUCAGACUUUAUUAACGUGUCGAUUCUUUUCGCUGGCGGGCAGUGGGUCGUUGUUUUUUGUCUUACUGGAAAUGUCCUUAACCUCUUCUUCCCACGCAGAAAUCACUUUCUCCGCCGUUUCCUUAAACCGUUGUGUGCACAGAAUAUAGAGUAUCUACUGCACGCGACUUUAUCAGAACGCUCACGAGUCACGAGAGAACACAAGAGAUACAACACGAGCUGCUACUAGAUGUCUCCCACGAAACCCUCUUGGAUCAUGUAUUAGAGCUGAUUAUGAACGAGAAGCCUCCAAACAGCACUAGUCUGUUUCUGAGUGAAGACUCUGAGAAGCCACAGCGCACUGAGGAGGGCCUCCACCGUCUGUGUCGAGUGUUACAGAAGCAGAUGUCAGGAAGUCGACGGAAGAUGUGUGGCAUCACACGAGACAGCGUCAAGACGUUCCUGCGGAGGAACACCUUUGUGAUCUUCACGGUGGCCGCUGUGGCUUUAGGGGUGGUGUUGGGUUUCGCGCUGAGGCCGUAUAACCUGUCCAUGAGGGAGGUGAAGUAUUUCUCUUUCCCUGGAGAGCUGUUGAUGAGGAUGCUUCAGAUGCUCGUUCUACCGCUCAUCGUCUCCAGCCUUGUCACAGGAAUCUCCUCUUUAGACAGCAAGGCCUCUGGGAAGAUGGGAAUCCGGGCCAUUGUCUACUACAUGGUGACCACGUUCAUAGCGGUUUUUAUCGGUAUUGUAUUGGUGAUUAUUAUCAGGCCGGGUAAAGGCAGCAGGGACAGUCCAGUGACCUCUAGUGGCAGCAUUGAGCCUGUUCAGGCCGCUGACGCUUUUCUGGACCUGAUAAGAAACAUGUUUCCACCAAAUUUAGUUGAGGCCUGCUUUAAACAGUACAAAACACUAUACAAGAAAACGCUAUUGAUCAAAAAUGUCACCAUCGUGGUCAAUGCGUCAGACAUCAACUCUACAGCCCUCAGCCAAGCGUCCAACUUCAGCACAGUCCUGCAGACCAUCCAGGAGACGGUGGAGGAGGUGGUGCCUGUCUCCGGUUCCUCCAAUGGGGUGAACGCCUUGGGAUUGGUGGUCUUCUCCAUGUGCUUUGGAUUAGUGAUUGGAAACAUGAAACAGCAGGGCCAGGCUCUCCGGGACUUCUUUGACUGCCUGAAUGAGGCUAUAAUGCGCUUGGUGGCCAUCAUUAUCUGGUAUGCUCCGGUGGGAAUCCUCUUCCUGAUCGCAGGGAAGAUCGUUGAGAUGAAAGAUCUUGCUCAGGUGGGCGGACAGUUAGGGAUGUACACGGUUUCUGUCAUUGUGGGACUCCUCAUCCAUGGCCUGUUCGUUCUGCCGCUGCUCUUCUUUGUGGUGACCAAGAAGAACCCUUUCACCUUCAUUGCUGGGCUGCUGCAGGCUCUGAUCACAGCUCUAGGCACCUCAUCCAGCUCUGCCACCCUGCCCAUCACUUUCCGUUGUCUUGAAGAAAACAACCAUGUGGACAAACGAGUGACCCGUUUUGUGCUGCCAGUUGGAGCCACAAUCAAUAUGGAUGGCACUGCUCUGUACGAGGCAGUGGCGGCCAUUUUUAUCGCCCAGGUCAAUGACAUGGACCUGAACUUUGGGCAGAUCCUCACCAUCAGCAUCACGGCGACCGCCGCCAGCAUCGGAGCAGCAGGCAUCCCUCAGGCUGGGCUGGUGACCAUGGUGAUAGUAUUGACAUCGGUGGGACUGCCCACAGAGGACAUUACACUGAUCAUCGCAGUGGACUGGUUCCUGGAUCGACUCAGGACCACCACCAAUGUGCUGGGAGAUUCAUUCGGUGCUGGGAUCAUCGAGCAUCUGUCCCGACAGGAACUCCAGAACCAGGAUGUGGAAAUCAGCAACUUCGUGAUCGAGGAGAACGAAAAGCCAUACCAGCUGAUCUGUCAGGAGAACGACUCUCUCAAACAUCGCAACAGUGAAACCACCAUGUAACUAUCCUCAAAUCAUCAUAGUUCACACCAACGGACUGUAAAAAAAACUUCACUCCACUUCUGUCCACUAU